CGUGGAGCUUAUGAGCUAUACAGGCUCAAAAUCCGAGGUCAACUCCCCAGAGGACAUAAAUAAUCCAAGGGAAGAAAACAAUUUCGUACAACCCUACUGCUGCAGCACGGUUUUCAUCACUGCGAUUUCGUUCACCGUUGGAUCAGGCUGAAAUCUUGACAGUAUGUUCGUGACUUUUGGUACUUCAAUCUGAAUGGUUGGAUCGGUGAGACGAUGUCUGGAGUGGGAGAAAUCGAUCUCUCACAGUAACAGCGAAAAUUUGUGACAGAUCCAAAGCUAUGUAUUCCAAAAAUCAAUUUUAUAUUAUCAAACUCGUAAUAAAAAAUAUACUCCCCCCGGUUCUGAAAGAUCUUACACUUUCCAUUUUUAGCAGUACAAGAAAGAUCUUUACACUUCCUUAUUUGCCUUAUUUGGCAAAUAAAUCUACACAAAACAGUGCCAAACAGUGCCAAACAGUGUUUAUUUCCUUAAAAACUGUGAAGUCAAAGUGUCAAGAUCUUUUGGAACCGGAGGGAGUAAUUGAUUUAGUAUCACUCUGAUCUCAGGGGCUAGUCAUCUUGAAUAUCAACGUCAAACUACACUUCCCGAGCGACGAGUUGAGCUAUGUCAUUAUUAAUACCUCCGUCCCACUAAGAUUGGGACAAGAGAAGGUGGCACGAUUAUUAAGAAAAGUGGGUUUGUGUGGUUGAUAUUAAAUUGAUAAAGUAAGAAUAAAGUAAAAAUGAUUUAGAGCCACACAAUCUUUACCAAAUUUGGUAUGAGACCAUCUUAGCGGGACUUCCCGAAAAGGUAAAAUGGGACAAUCUUAGCGGGACGGAGGGAGUAUUUUUUAUUAUAUUGAGCAGUGUGCAUUUUUUUGACGUUGAAGAACGGACUUAUGAACACUCAAAUACACCCGACCGAGUACUAACACUCGCACUACUGGGUCACAUUAUACGGGUGUGAUUUAUAAGCUCGCGAUCUAAAUGUCACAUAAUGUAUACUUUCAUUCUUGUGUUUUGUAUGAAUCAUGUGUGCUUCUCUAUUUAGACACCAUAUUUCGACCUUGUGGGGCUAGUCAUCCCGAAUAUCAAAUUCAAACUACGAACCCCCAAGUGGCGAGUUGAGUCCUAGAUAUGGGCCACGCUCUACUAAGCACGGGAAUCUAUAUUGAAAAUUUGAGGUCAUUUACUUAGGCUCAAAUCCAAUAGCAAACUCCAGAAAUUAUCAUAAUUUUAUUUAAAUGCAUAGGUACAUCUGGAUAUAGACUAUCAUAUUGAUCUCUCAAGCUUGUCUCGGUUAUCUACCAAAUGAAGAUAAUGCCACAGGUAGAACAGACCGGAUGCAACAGGCGGUCAUUGCAGCUAAAUACAUCGGUCAAAGGGCUCACCCUUUUGCUUCAUUUUGGGGGCAUCCGGUGUACUCUUUUUCCCUCACUAGGAUUUUUUCCCGCUGGGUUUUUCUUAGUGAGGUUUUUAACGAGCCACCUCCCCAUUGUGGACAAAAGGUUAUGACCCUCAGCCCCUGGAGGAGUCAUUACGAGGCGUUCACUACUCUACUCCUUUCCAUCUCACCACGUCCGCCUCAAAGAAUGAAGAAUUUCAAGAAUAAGAAAGAAAUAAAAUUACUCUCUUUCGUUGAGCCUGGUCAGCUCAAGAGAGUAGGGGGCUCGUGAUGGUACCAUGGAUAAUUACCAUGGCCCAAGAUUGGAUUAAAGCAAAACCCAUCAACGGGAUCAGCCAAUCAACGGGAUCUGCCCUUCACGAGAUUAAUAUUGAUUAGCCAUUGGGCCUAACUAGGGAUCCAACCCACGAAAGGAACCCACAACUAGGCCAGGUUGGACAGCAGACCUCGAGCCUGAGCGGAGUUGUAGUGAGACCGGGAUAUUCCUAAGGCUUACGUGGCAGACUAUCAUUCCAACAUAGCUAUCUAGCAAUGGCUAAGACGACGUUACAAGAGUCCUAUUCAAAUUAAUAUGCAAUUAAUAGCAUUUAUUGUAUCAAUUUCAUACUAGAAUACUAGUUCUCAUAGCCUAUAAAUACUCUUGUACAUCUCUUGUAAAGGGAGCCUUUCCAGAUGAAUAAUAUUGUUACUACUUUCU